UUCACUAUGUACCUGUCACUAGGAUACUGCAUGGGGGAAAAAGAAAAGCAUGCUUGAUAUCGUCGUAUUCAUAGUCUAACCCUCCAACCUAGUCAUGCAGUCCAAAAAGCACCAAGUCCAUAAUAAUGGUCGGCAAAAUGGACAUGCCCGUGAUCGUCCCUCUGCGCAUCCCUCGCCUUCCCAAGUGCAGAUGGUAUCAAUGAGAAUGCGAGAAAAAAACUUGCUGCCUCUGGAAAGAGGGGCGUCCAAUGCCUCAUGGCGUCAGCGUGCAUCCAUGGUCCGCUCUCCUUUUCUAUUUUUAGCCCCAAGUUAUAUAUAGGUAUAUAUCGGCUCUGCUUUACUGCGACGCGCACUGGACGCGCUCGCCGCCAGGGUGGCCAUCCUCGUCCUCGUCCUCUCCCAUGGAA